AUGCACCUGUCCUCUCCUCAGAUCCUCCUGAAGCUUCAGCCUGAGUUGUGUUGUAGUCAUAACUACUGCAAGAAGUGUAUUCACCAGACCCUCAUCGCCCAGAACUGCAUCAAGCCCCAGGACAAGUUCAUCUGCCCCAUGUGUAGAAAGGUGAACAUCUUACCGGACAAGGGACUCAACGGGUUGAAGAGGAACAUGUCUGUUGAGAACGUCGUGGCGAUACUGAAAGAAAGGACAGAGAGUAAUGAGGCUAAGCAGCAAGCUCUGAAGGAAUUCCUGUGCCCUGAUCAUAAUGAAAUCAUGAAUCUGGCUCAGCUGGCCCUGUCGUCUCCCUCUGGAUCUGGGUGCCCUGACAGCUGCCACUGUGUGUGGGAGAGCAGCAUGGUGCUAUGUACGGACGCUGGGCUCCGUGAGUUCCCCCAGGGCCUUCCUCCGGACACCGUCACACUACACCUGGAGAGAAACUACAUCCGCUCGCUCCCCGAGGGAGCUUUCAGGGAGCUGACCCACCUGAGGGAGCUGUAUCUCUCCCACAACCACAUCGACACCCUCUCCUCCGGGGCCCUGCGACACCUGAGCUCAGAGCUCCGUCUCCUGGACCUCUCCCACAACCUGUUACGCCAGGCCAGCCGGGACGAGUUUGGUUCCACGCGGGCCAAGACGCGCCUCUACAACAACCCGUGGCACUGCGACUGUACCCUGCAGGAGCUGAUGGAGACGUUAAAUCUAGAGCCAGAGACGGUCAACGGGAUUGUGUGUGAGAGCUCUGUGAGGAGCGCCGGGGAGGGGAGUCGCUGGGAGGAUCCAGGAGGGACAGCGGAGCACUCCGGUCAACCCCUGGUUAAGCUGCUUAACUCUGGGGUGAACUUCUGUAGUCUCCAGAGGAAGACAACGGAUGUAGCCAUGCUGGUGACCAUGUUCGUGUGGUUCUUCAUGGUCAUUGUUUAUGUGGUCUACUAUGUGAGACAGAACCAGGCUGAGACCAGAAGACAUCUGGAGUAUCUGAAGAGUUUGCCCAGUCCGAGGAAAACACUCACGGAGACAGACACGAUAAGCACUGAGAAGGCCCAAGAGAAGGCCUUAGAGAAGGCCCAAGAGAAGGCCUUAGAGAAGGCCCAAGAGAAGGCCCAAGAGAAGGCCCAAGAGAAGUCCCAAGAGAAGUCCCAAGAGAAGGCCCAAGAGAAGGCCCAAGAGAAGGCCCAAGAGAAGGCCCAAGAGAAGGCCUUAGAGAAGGCCCAAGAGAAGGCCCAAGAGAAGGCCCAAGAGAAGUCCCAAGAGAAGUCCCAAGAGAAGGCCCAACAUAAGGCCUAA